AUGGUUUCCGCCAAAUAUAGUUUAGGCUAUUUUCUAUUACUAACCUGCAUCGGUUUAACUUUAUGCCAAGUUGACCGUUGCAAUAGUUAUUCGGAUUCUUGCGCAUCUUGUAUGAAUUCUGAUCCAACUUGUGCAUGGUGUGCUGAUGAGAAUUAUAGGGGAUCUUCGCGCUGUCGUUUAUUAAAGAAUAUGCAGCCUUCGUGCUCUAACAUUGUACAACACAUUUCUAAAGCGUCUAUUUCUUCGAGGCCAACUCUAAAUGAAAAUAUUCAAGUUGCGCCUUCUGUCGUAGAUCUUGAUCUACGUGUCGGUCAACCCGCAAAGUUUUCCAUUGAAGUGCAACCUGCUGCUAAUUAUCCUGUCGAUUUAUAUUAUUUGAUGGACGUAUCCUUCUCCAUGAGAGAUGAUUUGGAUAUCAUGAAAGGCACAAUAAACACUAUUGUAAAUGAAAUGAGAACCUUGUCGAAUCGUAGUAGCUUUGGUUUUGGAACAUUUGUUGAUAAGCCGAUUGCACCGUUCAUGGAUCCUUCACGUUAUAGACGCCAAGUACCCUGUACAGGAUUUCCAGAUUUUGAUCCUUUGAAAAUGGUGUGUGAUCCAACUUACGGCUUUGUCAAUGCAAUGCCAGUUACCGAUGAUGUUAAUAAAUUUAAGAAUCGUCUUGCCGUUCAGAAUAUAUCAUCUAAUUUAGAUAGUCCGGAAGGAGGGUUAGAUGCCCUGUUGCAAGUUGCAGUCUGCACUGAGAGGAUUGGAUGGCGUAGUGGUGCAAGGCACGUUGUUAUUUAUGCUAGCGACUCUAAUUAUCAUUAUUCUGGUGAUGGAAAGCUGGCAGGAAUCACUAAACCCAAUGACGGUCAAUGUCGUGUAAGCUCAGAAGGCUUAUUUAAUGGAAUCGAAAUGGACUAUCCAUCACUACGGCAGCUAAGAGAUAAGUUGGAACAGUUUCAGAUUUUGCCGGUGUUUGCCGUUACCAAGCGGACUUUUGGAGAAUAUGUGAAACUACAAAAUACCCUUGUCGGAAUUGGUUCACUAUUAGGGGAAUUAUCGUCAAAUUCGAGUAACAUUAUAGAAAUUAUCAAGAAUAGUUAUCAGACAUUAGUCUCUACAGUGCAAUUAUUUAGCACAAGUACCAACGACUUAAAUGUUGCUUACGAUGCAAUAUGCGAUAGCAAUGAUGUAAGAAAAGGGUCAAAUACCUGCACUAAUGUUGGCCUUGGCAAAAAGGUUACAUUUAAUGUUUCCGUUACUGCAACGCGAUGUCCCCGUCCUGGCAUCACACAAGAAGAAUUUAAAAUUCGUGUCCUAGGAUUUGGUGAAGUCACUGUUAGGGCGAAGUAUGUUUGUGAAUGUGGUUGCGCUCUAGGACAAGCAGCAGUACCAAAUAGUCCAAGAUGUACAAUGGGAAAUGGUACUUACGCUUGUGGAGUUUGUGUCUGCAACCCAGGAAGAUUUGGAAAUCUGUGCCAAUGUGACUCAGAAGCUGCCUUCUCUGAUACAUCUGGUUGUAAAGUAAACAGUACCGCUAUUCUAUGCAGCAAUCGAGGAGAUUGUCAAUGCGGCAGUUGCUACUGUAGACAACCACAGGAAUUGUGUAAUGGUCAAGGUACUUGCGAAUGUGGAAGAUGCAACUGUAAUUCAUCGAUUUAUACAGGAAGGGCAUGUGAUUAUUGUCCGACUUGUCCCGGCAUUUGUUCAGCGAACAAAGAAUGUGUUGAAUGUAAAGUCUUUGCGUCUGGCCAGUACAGCCCGGCGGAAUGCUCCGCAAAAUGUAGCAAUGUUAUUAUAACAACUGUUAAUACUUUAAACGUAAUUCAAGGUCAGGAACGUUGUGUCAUUCCGCGCACGAAUAGUUCAUGUCAGAUGAUGUAUGUGCAUUCUUUGCUGGAAAAUGGAACGUUGUUACUCGUUGUUCAAGAAAAUGAAGUAUGCCCUCAGCCACCAAAUAUAGCGGCCAUUGUAGCAGGAACUGUUGGGGGUGUAAUUGGUGCUGGUCUACUAAUUUUAUUAAUUUGGAAGAUUAUGAUGAUGUUAAAGGAACGUAAAGAAUUUAAUGAAUUUGAAUCGCAAAGAAAGAAAGAAAAAUGGAAUGCUAUAUACGGUUCCACACCAGAUAGCUGGUCUUUUCGUAAUUCGCUAAGAAUUUAUAGAUACAUGCAUCGUUACACAACUAAUACAAGCAGAAAGUUACUCUUAUGCCAAGAUCCAGAACGUAUGAAAAAUAUGUCCUAUAUGUUAAAAAAAUGUAGUGUUUUGGGAAGAGUUCGAAAGCCUAGAGAUGCUCAAAGGUUUUCCAAAGUUAAAGACGGUUCUGAAGUGUUGAUAAGGUCAUGA